AUGGAUAGAAACUGGACAACAGUUCUGCCUCGAAAGAGCAAGAAGAAGGGCAACAAGGGUAAUGCUGCUGAGGGCACUGGGAUGGUUCCUCUUGGCCAGUUAUCUGCUAAUACGAUGAGCCGUGCUGAUUUUCCUCCUUUGGAGGCAGCAACCACCAAUCAUAACCAUGAAGUCACCGCCACGGAUAACAGUAACAAGGCAUCUACUUCCACGCCAAUCAACAAAGAAGAUGAUACUCGGAGUUUGCGAUACUCGCUCUUUUAUUCUUGUGUGUUCAAUAUUGCCGAGGAAGAGCUUGAGCAAGAUCAGGAACAAGGCAGCGUCCCGCGCGACGAUAUCGGCAGCUUUGGCGUUGAUGAGUAUGAAUCAGCGGGACGCUCCAGUGCCAGUCUGGUGCCACCUCUGAUGGAGACAUGCCGUCAACAUACAAGGAAAGCCAAAUGUCAAAAUUUCCACACACGGAGCGCGUCCCAUCAGCUGGUCGCACCGCAUAGUCCUCCUCUUUGA